AUGGCAAGCGAUCAAGCCAAGAACGCUGGCGCUGUGGCACAGGAACAUCACAUGCCACCAUACCAAGCAUACGGUACCUACUCUCCACCUUUCCCGGUCUACUAUGAUCCGAGCCAUCCUGAACCAAACGGCGCGCCACAUCCAGCACCCCCGUACAUCUAUCAUUAUCCGCCUCCAGGGAUGAUGUACCCUUAUCCUCCUCCUGGAUUUCCGCCUUACGCACCCCCUCCCCAAACUAACUUUCAGCGCGUUAAGCGUAAGCAAGUCAAGAUGGCGUGUACUAACUGCGCGAAUGCCUGCAAGCGGUGUGAUGAGCAUCGUCCAUGUGAACGUUGCGUCAAAUAUGGUAUCCCAGAAACGUGCGUUGAUGGUGUGCGGAAGGAGCGACAGAAGGGAAUAAAGCGGGGUCCCUACAAGCGCAAAAACAAGUCCGGCGGCAGCGACACUGCUACCUCACCUACUCAUAAUGCCACUUUCGAGACUUUCUCGGCCACCCCAACUGAAGCAAACGGAGACUCAGCUUGGCAGCCGUCGAACGGUGUAGCACCAGGUUCUGCGACCGCAACUCCUGCACCUUCCUCGAUACCAUCCUUUCCUCCUCCACCACCAGAAGGGGGAUAUUAUCCUCCCCCAUAUUUCUAUCCUCCCCCUCCUGGUUUUGUACCACCCCCUGAGGGUCAGGUGCCCGUGGAAGGGUCCCCAAAUUCUGGCGGACCUCCUCCGAUGAUGCCUUACUAUAUGCCUCCUCCUGGAUACUAUGGACCACCAUAUUACGGCCCUCCUGGCGUGCCGCCGCCCACCAUGGAUCCAGCUCAGGCUGAGCUUCAAAGGACAUCUGGCCCGCCUGUAGAUCAUGAUCCCGACGUUGAAGAAAUCCCGCCGCCUGCUCCCAAGACAAAUUCGAAGAAGAGAUCAAGAGUGGGAAAAGAGGGGCAGCCGAAGGCAAAGAAGACUAAGGUUGCUGCUGUUGUGCAAGAGUCUUCAACUUCCAGUGGAACGACGGGAGGGAGCGACCAGGCUUCAGAACCUGGACAUGGCAGCCCAGCUGAGAUUGGUGAUACAUGA